GCGUGAGGGAAGCAACUUUUACGAACGACAAAAACUCUUUGAAACUACGCACAAAAUGCUAAAGAAACCCCAAAUAACAUGAAAGUUCGCAAGAUAGUCAUCCCAGCUGCAGAUUUUGUCGACGGUCAUACGGUUUACUUAAUAGAGGUGUUCAUAAGAGAGUACUCAUGGCUUGUCUCUAGAAGAUACAAGGAAUUUUAUGAGCUCCAUGAAAAGCUUGUAAAGAAACACAGUGUWAAACAAUCUUUGUUACCRCCUAAAAAGUACUUUGGUAAUCUUGACCCUGAAUAUGUAGAAAACAGACGUGURGCAUUAGAGGAAUACUUACAACUUUUGGCAGAAACAUUUGAUGACAACCUACCUGAAGAACUGAMCUGUUUUCUUGAAGGAAACAAAUAUGAUAUUUGUGGGGUGACCUUCUCCUUGGCGCAAGAGCUCUUUAUAAAAGGUGAGGAGAUACUGAAAAAAGAAGAGCCAUUCAUUCUCACACCAUUACAGUUGUAUUGCAUCACCAAGAGACUGGAGCUCCCUGUACCUACUUGUGAUUCUCAAAUAUCUCAUGGAGAAAUUGGAAAUUUAUAUGAUUUUAUCCAACAGUUGAGGCACUUAAAGAUCUCWUCAGAAACAACACAAGUUGAGCUGAGCGAAAAUGUCARAUUCAGGUGUGAUUUGGCACUAUUUAAAUCCCUAGAGACAUUAGAGAUAUUAGGUUGUGAUGUGGAACCUUUCCUGGGUAUUUACAGAAUGCAACAACAGAUUAAGUCUCUAAGAGUAUGCAACUCUAUUCAUCUUCUAAAGGAUAUUCUAGUAGACGAGGAGAUCUGGGAGCAAGGAAUCCUUGAAAGUGUGUCUGUCGAUGGAUCAUCAUCUCUCAGUUCAAACACAGACUACCAUAGCUGGCUGAAAUUGAAGUUUGCUGACUUUAGCAAUAAYCACUUGCCCUACAUUGAUGAGUCUGUGGGCUUACUUCCAGAAGUAAAGGAGUUGAAUCUAAGCCACAACUGCAUUGAAAACAUUGAGAAUCUUCAGGGCCUUUCAGAACUUCAAAGUCUUGAUCUGUCAUAUAACCUGAUUCAAAGCCUAGGAGAAAAUCUUAAUACCAAAUUAGGGAACAUUAAGAAGAUUAAUCUAUCAUCAAACCAGCUAACAAACAUUGAUGGUCUGGAAAAACUGUUCUCAUUAGCGGAAAUAAACCUGUGUGACAAUCAACUGUCUGAGGUGGGGUCUGUGUUACUACUGGGACAGCUCCCAUGUUUAGAAAUUCUUCUCCUUGUUGGAAAUCCACUGACCAAAGAAAACAUGUAUCGUGUGCGUGUUUUAUCGAUGUUUGAUGACCGCGCAAGUCAGAUCCUUCUUGAUGAACAAAGACCAUCAUCUCGCGAAAUGAAGAAAGUYCAACAAAUUAUCGACGAGGAGCAAAGUUUUGAGAUCAUUGACUUCCCAGAAACAGCCGUAAAUACAACCACGAAGACAAAAUCAGGCCACAGGAAGAUGAAGAGUAUUGACCGAGUGAUUUCGCUUGAAGAAACGACCAACAAAAAACAAAGCACCAGCCUACCAGAAGACUCCACAGGUAAYGUGGACGAGAGUGACUUGGAAUACCGGUCACGUGUCGAGAAGAUUCGUCAACUUGGCGGGGAUAAGUGGUUAACCAUGUUGGGUGAAAUAAAAAAAGAACAUACGACAGAUGCUCAGCCAAACAGAGAAGGAAGUUAUACAGAUCGAUUGGAAAGUCCAUCAUGUGAACCGAAUAAGACGUUUGUCGCAAAAGUAGCAGGAGUUGAGCCAGGGGAAACUGGGUCGAGACUACACUUUGGUUUUACUUGUGAGCUGGAGGAGUUGGUUCGAAGCAAACUGGACGCUGAUACUACAAAUACAUCUGGAACUUACAUGGUGGAGGUUGAGAUGCGAAAAGAAGACGAGAUGUUAAACCAAGACAGUGACUGCGUACCUACUUUUGAAGAGAGAAUGGUCGGUGUUGAUCUGAGCAAAGGCGUUAUUCUAGAAAUACAAAUUGCUACUGGGAAAACUAGUGCUAAGCACAGGCUUGAUGACGUCAGUAGUGUUGAUAUUUUGGACAUCGAAGGRUCCUUCCAUAUUGACAUACGGGACACUUACUCAAAGGAAUGGAGACGUCAUAAGACCAACACCGCAGGACAGCAGGACUACCGUCAGGUAGCAAGAUAUCGCAUGCGCUCAAUUGGAGAUGCUGCUGAGCUUUUUGUACUGUUGUAYAAGUUUAUCACAAAGAGUUGGGAAAGGCCUUCCUGUCAAAAGCAACCUUCAAAUCAAAGUACAUCACAGUCGAAGUCACCGUGGWCCAAUACCCUUGGCCUGUCAGACGACGCGUUGGAGAAAUUCUUUAAGGAGUUUCUACGAGCAACYAAAGAACCAAGCMAUACCGYUGAACACAGUUACCAUGACGGCAAGGAUCGCGUGCGCAACUCUGGGAUUCACAGCACUUAYAUUUCAUUACACGCAGACUUUAUUGACAAUGGAACUUUGAACCAUGAUCGGUCGAAAGUAGACGAAGAGAAAGUUCGAAUGGUCUUAUGGGUAGGCUGUCUUCCRUACCUGUUCCCAGAACACGAAUUACCGGUUUGUCUGGUUUUGACUGACGUCAACAUCUUUCUAUUCCAURUUUAUCAAYAUCCAUCACUGAACAAAAGCCCGAUAUCAUCCAAAGACACCAAUAAGAUAUUACACUGCUUCUACAGCAUGCAAGUACGAGCCCUCAAACAAGUGGUCAUCGGUUUGUUUGACCAGGGGUUUCGUCUUGAAGUACGAAAUGACGGAUCUCAACAACUUCAAAGAUCACUGGCUCAAGUUUGGAAAAACCAUUUCCAUGCAGACCUUACGGUGACGCACAGCAAACCAAGAUCUCUACCCCCKCCCCCUGAGGUAGACACYUAUGGACUUGGUGAUUCGUUCUCCUCCACAACAUCUCCCUUGGGGACCCCUGUUGAGUCUAAUAUUAGGAAGACACAUAAAAGGAUGGGUUCAGAUAAUUUACCGCUKUUCAAAGCCUCUACACCUGACUGUCUGGCGGUUCUGAUGACCCUGGAUAGAAAAGCACUUGAUGGUUAUUUCAAUAAAGUUAUYGCACAGACACCAGAGGACCAGGACGAGAAGCUACUCCACGUACUUUGGACUGGUUGUACACCCUACAUGUUCCCAACAAAAGAAAUCCAGGUCUGCGUUCUGCUUAGUAAUCUGUUUAUCUAUAUUUUAGUAGACAAGGCUGAUGAAUUGCUUAUUAACAAGAAAAAGUCCGUCAAAGUACGAGGUAAAGAUAAAGACGUCGGCAUCAGCUAUGCUUUUUUUCCAACGUCAAGUCUUCAUCAAAUCUGUGUUGGUUUAUUUGAUCAGACAGUGCGUCUCGAGGGAGAAAAGAAAGAAAAUACAUUCACUCUCAUUACUCGAGAUUUCAAUCUUACCAAUGCGUUCUUAGAGUGCCUUAACGCUGURCUSUCGUCRAAGACCAAAACCCUUAYUCRACAAGACAGCGCUAACGUUACGAGUAUCUAUGACUCGACGCACAGUUCAGACAAAAAUUGGACAAAUUCCGAGUUUCUUCAUUGUGAGAGCGGAGUAAAGUAUGUAUACCCGAGUGACGAUUCACUGGAAAUACUUAAAGAUACCAUAGCCAGGUUUAGCCAGGAAUCGGACAUGUGUUCGGCYAUCUACGAUGUAACAAUUCUUGUCUAUUUGCUGGUGUUUCACGUGUGUGAAUCGGGCCUGGAGGAGCCACGAACGCUGAUCAUAAUGGACACUGCAUUGUGUCUUUGUAUUGAAGACCAUGCUAACUACCCAUUGACUCUUUUYGCUACCGGGCUACCCGAUAWCCCGCAGUAUCAGGUGUGGGAUGUACGGGAUAUAGAGACAUUAUCUCGUAUAGAAUUCUCGGACUUCAAYUCCUGUGAUUUCACACUAGUUUUCAGUCCUAGUGCUCCAGAAUGCGAGAAAAAUCGCGAGGAUUUCGACUCGGCAAGUAUGGGGGAGUUGUGUGUUAUCACMCACUAUACACCUGAAGAAAUUAGCGAAAGUACAUGGAAAAUCAUCGCACCGACAUACGAGGAGAAAGAAAAGUCGCUUAGUUUGAUUUGCAAACUGUGGUCUGAUAUUCGUGGSGAGAAACUGCCAGUGGUAAAGGGAAAUGAGGRAAAAUAAAUAGAAUGAAAAUGGAAGAUAGGGAAGGACAGUAAUGUCAAAGAAAUGACUGAAAUUUGCARCUUGAAACAAUUUGAAAAGAAAGUGGUCCAAGGGACUCCUUGUGUUCUUUGKAUUAGAUAUAACAAACCACAAUAAUAUAUAGUAUGUUUUGAGAUUUAGAUAUAUUAAUUCAAUUUCAGGUAUUUAAGUGCCAUAUAUUUUUCAGCAGGACGGGGUUGUGGGGUUACUAUUGUCAAUAUUAUAUAAAAACACUAAUUCAGACAAAACUUGUACAGACAACUCAUUCUAAAAGCAAUUUUAUUGCAAACGUUUUUGUAGUAAACUUACGYCCUUUUCAAACAAAUGCCUUYCARUACUUUUGUUAAACAAUUUUUAUAGAAUUUGUACUUUUGAUGUUACAGUUUAAAUUUUAUCAGCCUUGACUAACUGUGCCAUAAGCUUGUGAUAAAUUCAGCCAAUUUACAUGUCAAACUUUCUACAAAAUUCCYUCAUACACUACUUAGUCAUUUGAACUAGUCCUUGGACAUCAUAAAGCUCUUUAUUCAUUUGGAAAUACAGUACUUCAGUAACUUUAAGGCAUAUUAAAAUGUUCUAUCAUUAA